CUGUAAACUACCAUGCCAACCUACAUCGUACAGUUCGACACAACUCUGAAUCUUAACCUCCACGAGCCUCGACAACACGUCGCGCCCAUCACAAUAGCUUCGUGGCUUGCGUUCGCGGUCAAGUCCAGUGUCAACCGUUGGACCGAUCCGUUUCGGGAUAGUAGACAGCAGCCACACAAUCUCAUUGACUCCAGGAGUCCGAACCCAGACAUGAGGAUCUUCCAAGUACCCGCACAUGCUUUCGACGGUGAUGCAUAUUCUCUGUCCCAGACCAGAGCCUUACGGUCAAGAUUCAUGUUUUAAUCAUCUCUAGUUGUAAUUUAUUCUUCUGUCUACCGCGCCGAUGCCACUUUCUUACAGCGCACGCCGCGCCCUUUCGGCGGCCUUCCUUCUAAUUACAACCACAGCAUCUCAAAUCUGCUACUAUCCUGAUGGACAGACGAUUUCCGACGACAUUCCAUGCGGCAGUAAUGGAACAGUAUCAGCAUGCUGUCCAGCGAACUCCCUCUGCUUGGACAACGGUCUUUGCUACGCGGGCGGCAUCGUGAGCAGGUCGUCUUGUACGGAUGCUACGUGGGAAAGCUCAGCAUGCCCCAGAUAUUGCAAACCAGAAAGCCCGACCGGCUCGAUAGCGAUAUCACCAUGCUCUAGCGCGUCGGAAUCGAACACUUUUGCAUGCGGGGCGAACAGUACUGGCUGUCAGACCAACGGCGACACCUUCACCAUGUCCGGCGGAAACGCACUGCAGCUCCGACCGACUCAACUCGCAGCCAUUAUCUCGUCAGCUCUUCCCACCACAUCUUCGACGUCCUCCCAUUCCCUGACGUCUUCAACAUCAGCGGUCGUGGCCGAGAAGACCGUGACCUCUUGUCCGUCUCCGUCACCGGCGCUUUUAGACACAAGCAAGCAGUAUACGGACACAGAUAUGGCCGCUCUCGGCUGCGGACUAGGCCUUCCGCUCUUCUUCGCAUUAUGUGCCGCACUCAUCCUGCUCCGCAAAGAGCAGCAAAGGCACGCUAGGCCGAAGCUCAUGUACAAGCUUCCUCUCGACCACGACGAAUAUUCCUUCAGGCCGCCGCCACCAGCUCGGGCAGCCUCGACGCUUUCAGCCGUCGACUCGGCCUUCAGCUCCCGCGAAGGCUACAGCAAGCGUGCCAGUCUAAAGACACUGGGAAGCCAAAAGCCAGCACACAUGCAGAGCUUCAUGGAGCGAUACGAAAGCAUGAAGAAGAGCAAGGUUCAAGUCCAAGAGCGGGAGACGCAUGAGCUGGAUUCAGUGAACGUCAAGGAUGUGAUGCGGCACGAAUUAAGCGAUGUGCGGAUGUCGAAGCUGGACCACGCCUAGUACUGGAUGGCAUCUUUUUGUGUGUUAGCGCGGCGUUGUGGGCUGAACACUGUGAGGCCAUUGCGGCAUCGGCAUAAGAUAAUACUAAUGACUGUGGUACGAGCUUUCCGUGCAACGUUCCUGCCGUUUCUGGUGCGGCGAGCGGACCCUACCGCGCUGUCAGACCGGCACCUUCGC